CUGACAGUUGCGACUCCCACAUAACUUACCAUCACCACAUGAACGGAGAUGACAAUAGUAGUAGCUAAGUGACGAGGGGGCCGAAGAUGACGGAGGUGACGACGUCUCGCUACAUGUUCCUCAAGCUGUGUCUGUGCCUCACCACCUGACGAUCUGACGGGCGAGUGGCCUACAGUACGAGGCAUGCUCAAGCGAGCGCCAACAUGCUGUACGGCGGCAUGCGGCUGAUUGUCGUCGAUGAGAGCAUUGUCCUCACCAGCACACAGCGCCCUAUCCUCAUGCCCCUCGUGCUCGCGACGCCUGACGCCAAGCCCACCCUCAAGCGUGGCAAACCCAAGGCCGAGACGGGCACGCCCACGCCAGCCGUGCGCGGCGCCUGGACUUCAGCAGAGUACAUCACACUGUUCAAGCACGUAGUGCAGUACGGCCCGAGUCACGCGUCGCUCGCUCACGCCGUUCCCGGCCGCUCGGCCAGCCAGAGCUACUGGACGUGGCGUCAGGUCGUUGAGCCGACGUGCAGGGCCGCGCUCGAGGUCAAGGCCGGCCAGCGCCGCCGCUGA